CGUCACUGGUCGCUCGGCUACGGAGUCCCGGUGGAUGAAGUCCAUGCCAGGGUCAGACCCUCCAUACAGCAACGACUCGCCUGUGAAAAGGGCUUCUCAGGGCUGGUGUCUGGAGUGUUUCUGAGUGGCCAUGAAAGUUCUUGUCGGAGGAGGAUCUGGCUUUGUGGGCCGAGAACUCACACGGCUGCUCCGUGGCAAAGGUCAUGAAGUCACAGUGAUAUCUCGCCAGCCCGGUCCUGGCAGGAUCACCUGGAGUCAACUGCAGUCUAGUGGACUCCCACCGUGUGACGGAGCUGUCAACUUGGCUGGAGAGGAAGUCUUGAACCCUCUGCGGUGGUGGAAUGAGAGCUAUAAGAAGGACUUGUUCUCAAGUCGCCUUGACACAACCAAAGCUCUGGCUGAAGCCAUCGCAGCGUCCUCCACCCCGCCAAAGUCCUGGGUCCUGGUGACAGGCGUAGCUUGCUACAAGCCCAGUCUGACGGCCAAGUAUACGGAAGACAGCGAGUGGAAGCCGUUCGACCUUCUGUCCAGGCUGGUCCAGGAGUGGGAAGCUGCUGCACUUCUGCCCGAAACUGUGACAACAACGAAACAAGUCGUCAUCAGGCCUGGGGCAGUGUUGGGUCGGGAUGGCGGCGCCAUCAAGCAAAUGAUGCUUCCCUUCAAACUGGGUGUUGGUGGCACCCUGGGGUCUGGGAGUCAACCGUUCCCGUGGAUCCACGUGUCGGACCUGGCAGGGAUCAUCACCCAUAGCCUUGAAAGUCCACCAGACGGCUCUGCUCAUCCUCAAGUCCUGAACGGAGUGGCCCCAGCUUUGAACACCAACUACGAGUUCACUAAAGAGCUGGGUCGGCUCCUGAGGCGGCCCACCAUCUUCCCCGUGCCAAGCUUCGUGCUCAACGGCCUGUUGGGUUCUGAGCGAGCCAUCAUUCUCACCGAGGGCCAGAAAGUGGUGCCGAAAAGAACUCUGGAGACCGGGUUUCAGUACCAGUACCCGGACCUGACCUCUGCGCUUAAAGAGAUUGUUGGCUGCUGAAUGUUUAUAUCGAUGUAUAAAGAAAUAAAAUCAG